AUGGGUAAACGAGCGCUAGUAAGACAUAAAUAUGGUAUUGCCGAAGAUCCAAAUGAUUUCCUUGUUACAUGGUGUUGUGCUCGUUGUGCAAUGUGUCAGGAAGCAAGAGAAAUGAAUACAAGAGGUACUUCAUCAACAACUUAUAUUAUAAAUGAACAACCGAAACCAUUUGUUCUUACUCCACCAACCAUCACUGAAUAA